CUACAGAGUGAACGUAGAUUUCUAGGUGAAAGGCUGCUGGGAGUCUCGAACAGAAAAGGACCUGAUUGUGAAGAGGCUGGGCGGAAGAAAGUGCCGCUGCUGCUCAUUGCUGCUGGCGGAGGACUGGACGCUGUCAGGCCGAACAAACGCACCGAUCUGACGGAGAGAAAUUGCUGCAGCAUCCUUUGUUUUCUCACUCCGAAGCUGAGUGACUGUGACUCCCACUGACAACCUGCAGCACCUAGAGGCCAAAUACACAGGCAGCAAUAAAGCAGAGAGUUUAAUAGAAUCAAUGAGCAGAGCCAAAGCAAGCCUCCAAACUGGUAAAUAUUGUUUGCAAGAUGCUUAUCAGGCUGAAGGGAGAGCUGGUCUCAGUGGAGAGGCAGUAGGUUGUUGAUUUUCUAACAGCCUCUGCUGUCCCCAGGCUGAAAGGGAUCUCUUAUCCACACCACACUGCUGUCACACGUCUUGAGUUUCACUUUACUGUCACUGCAUUCUUUUGCCUCCUUUCCAUUGUUCUGUUGCCCAACCUAAAUGAUUGAAGCUCUAAUCCAAAGAGCUAACAGAGAUUAGAGAGCAGAGAUCAUCCUUUCAAUCUGUUUAUGUGACUAUAGUAUUCUCCCACCACUCCUCUUCAGUAACUCUUGCCUUCUCUCAGAAGCGAUGUGCAGGGUGAGGGGGUUUGCCUGCUUUUAGACUUUUUUUCUUGCCUCCACCUUGUGUCUUCAUGUUUUGGGGGUUCCUUAGUGACCCCACCCUCUGUCAACCACCCCGCACCUAUUGCCACCACGGCCGGCCACCCCAAUCGCCUUGUUGCCAUGCCGACAGAGACAUUGGCUCCUCCCCUGCCAGGUAGCAAGUCUGCUGGCCCCACCACGCCCUUCAGUUCCACUGUACCUCUUCGCAUCCUCAACAAGGGCCCUGAGUACUUCAGAAGGCAGGCGGAACCAAACCCAAACCGCCUGAGUGCAGUUGAGAGACUAGAAGCUGACAAAGCAAAGUAUGUCAAGAGUCAGGAGGUCAUCAACGCCAAGCAAGAACCAGUCAAACCGCCUGUCCUGGCCAAGCCCACCGUUGACCCUUCCAUCCUGCCAAAGAAAAGCCCUGGGAUUGGUGGAGGAGGGAACGGAGCCGGGAUCCCUUUCAAAGCAUCCAAUAACAACGCAAAGUCAGACACAUGUGCGUCCAGCUGUGGCAGCAGCAAACUGGAGAAUUUAAAUCUGGAGAUCUUAAAAAAUCUGCUGAACUCAUCUUCAUCCUCAGCAGCAGGUUCUGAAGGACUGUCAGGUGGAGCUAAAAGUGCCGUUCUCAUGAGGUCAUCAGUCAGAAUGGCCCGAAGCUGGACACCGUUGGGGAUGCCACUAACAUACAGAUCCACCAUGACCCUUAAUGAGCAACCUUCAGACUCAGCUCCCAGUCCAAGCACCUCGCAUUCUCUCAGAUCCUUCUCUCACUCCUUAAAGGUCCCCCCAGUGGCCAGCGGGGGGCGUCGCACUCCACAACAAGCAGGAAACCUGAACCUUAGCAGACGAGUCCAAGAUGAAAGAGGAUGUGAAGGAGGAGUUGUCCAGCGUUCUCAUUCCCCACUGCCACCUCUCCUGACCUCCCACUCAUCAUCUGACCUCCUCCGACUGUGCAACGGUAAACCGCUGCGCACCACUCAGUCUAGCAGCUCUUCAGCUCCACCCCGCCCUCCCAAACCAAAGCCCACCUCUCUCCCUCCUGCACUAUCCUUGUCACUGCCACGUGCGCGCCCGCCAAUGUCCCCUACGCCCUGUGACAACACAACUCCACAGUCUUUGCCAUGUGACUUUGGAGACCCUGUUAGUGCAUCAGCUGAGUUGAACAUUGAUCUGGAGCAGGGUUCAAACGUGACUCGUCGUUCGUCGCUGCACAGAUCCAAAUCGGACCUGUCGGAUCGGUAUGCCCGGGCCGGAGCGGAUGUGGAACGCUUUUUUAAUUAUUGCGGCCUUGACCCUGAGGAGUUGGAGGCAGUGGGUCCCGAGAACUUUGCACGGGCCAACUCGGACAUUGUCAGCCUGAACUUUCGAUCAGCUUCUAUGAUCUCCUCCGAUUGUGACCAGUCACGGCGAUCUUCCAAUGACGGAAUAUCAGAAGAGGAUGAGGGGGAGGAAGAGGAGGAGGCCGGUGAGCGCGUCCCCUAUGGCAUCUCAGCUGUGGAGCGAAAUGCAAGGGUUAUUAAAUGGCUGUAUAGCAUUAAACAAGCAAGAGAAACACAAAAGGUUUCCCAUGUUUAGAUUAGGUGAACCAUUCAUAUGGACUGUGGAUAAUCUCUCCUAUGGCUCCAAACUUGUAAGGUCAUUUCUAGCCGGAUUUAAAGGCUGAAGAAGAAGAAAAUUAUUUUAGUUUUAAGAAUGAAGGACUGAAGAGGUGGUCUAAGAGUUCAUAUUAAACAAACAAGAGGUAUGAAGAGAAUACUCCAAAAUAUUGAAGAAGGUGAACAAAACCAAACAUGGACAGAUGUAGUGAUAAAGACGGUCAUUUUCUGUUUCUCUCAGAAAGCCUGACUGACAUCUCAGUUGGACCACAACCAAAAGCAUGAUACAGUGUGGUAGAGAAUGGAUCCACUCUGUCAGAAGUGUUCAGCACACUUCAGCCCAUCAUACAUUAGUGUGACUGACAUUCCAACAAAGUGCAGCCCUUUAUUCCCAAUCUGUUUGGCCAAUUUAGCUUUCUGUCAGUGUUCCACACUUUCCACACUUAGAAAUGGUCUUCAGUCUGAAACAUCAAACUGGAAACAGCAGAUAUCAGUAUUGAUGGUUGUAUUGGUGCCCGGAGAAGCAGUUGUUAAUUGUACCAAUAAAUUUUUUCCCUAACAGUAUGUAUACCAAAAACUCCUUUAUGUUCCAGUUCCAUGUAAAAACGAUGACAUAUUGUGCUGUCCUACAAUUCUACCAGAGGUAUUUGCAUGUGUCCAUCUCUGCUUGACUUAGCUGACUAAGCAUCAUUCGAAUGUGUGAAGAUUUUAUAAUUAUUACUUCCCACAGAGUAUUUUUUUUUACCAAAACCUGUGAAUGAAGUAAGACAUGAGAGUUUGUUCACUAUAAAUAUAGAAUGAUGUGGUCUUCUUCAGCUGAGUAACAGUAAGAAAGUGAUUUCAGACUGAAAAUUCUCUGUGUGCCCUGCAUUCCACCAGUGAUGCUAACUUUCAACAUCUGUAUGAAAUCCAAGAGUCUCUGUUAAAAAUCAGGCAAGAGCUAUUUGAGUGUUGUCACUUUGAUUAAGACUUCAUACAGAGGAAUGAGAGGUGAGUUCAGAAUUUGAUUCAUACUGUAUUCAUGCCAAAGGGGGAAAACUGUUGUAACUCACGUCAUCUAAGUCUCUUCAAAGAGUAAUUGGGAUUGAUGAUUGCGUCAGCAAGAAUGAGCUCCAGUAGCAGCCUUAUUUUAAAAGGCUUCUGACUGAAGGUUAUUGCUGCAAAAUGGUAAAUGACUUGCACAGCACUUUAUCAAGUCCAGAGGCCCGUAAAGCGCUUCACACCACAUUCAGUCAUGAUGGAUAGGAGCCACAGUUUCCAGAGAUGAGACUGCCCAGCACCUGUGCCACCGGGCCCUUUGACCACUUCUUGUAGGUGAAGUGUCAUGUUACUGCAAUGUUGCCCAAGGACACGAUAGAGGUGGUGGAGCAGGGGUCGAACCAGUAACUAAACAAUUGUGGGACGAACUCCAACCACUAUCACCUGCAUUGACCCAACAUUCAUGACUGUCCUAACAUGCUAAUGACUUAAUUAGCAGGCAGCAGGCAGGAUAUUCCCCAGUAAUGUGGAUUAACCAAAUCCUGCCAAUCUACUUCAUUUUCUUUUGCAGAUCCUCUUUAAAUCUCUGUUUGGCUGUAUGGUCAGAAAGUGUAUGGUCAGGAUUAUGAUCAAUAAAAGAGAUUGUUUGAGA